CCCGGGGCGGCUCCGCAGCCGCCGCUGCCCCUCCGGGAGGUGAGCCCGGGCUGCCCCAGCGCCCCCGCCGCGCCCUGCCCGGGGCGGGCCGAGCCCACCCGGCUUUGCCGGCGCCUGCGGGCGAUUAGCGGGGCAAAGCGCUCAUCCGCCGCUGACCCCGAGGCAGGACCGCAGCCGGACCGGGGCCGUCCGCAGGAGGAGGAGGAGGAGGAGGGCGAACCCGAGGCACGGCCGCCGCCGGUGGCGCAGCCCCGGCCCCCUCGGCGGGGCUGGCUCUGCGGGGACCAGAGGUUUCGCUGCGGAGAGCGAAGAGCUGAAGUGUCCCGUGAGCGGGGCUGGCCAUUUCAGUCUGCAACAAGUCAAAAUGUCAUGAUCAGCUGAAUAAUAAUCAGCAGAUGAAAUGUCAGUGUGGACACCCAAUAUGCAUUUAUCAGUAGAAGGAGAUCAGGAGCCAUCAUUUGAGAUGCUUCCGUUGACUGGGAAGACAAUAAUAUUUGAUAGCUUUCCUGAUCCUUCAGAUACCUGGGAAAUAAUUGAGACUAUUGGCAAAGGAACAUAUGGAAAAGUUUUCAAGGUGUUAAAUAAGAAAAAUGGCAGCAAAGCAGCAGUCAAAAUUUUGGAUCCUGUUCACGAUAUUGAUGAAGAAAUUGAAGCUGAGUACAACAUUUUGAAAGCUCUCUCUGAUCAUCCCAAUGUAGUCAAAUUCUACGGCAUGUACUAUAAGAAAGAUGUGAAAAAUGGAGACCAGCUUUGGCUAGUUCUUGAGCUGUGCAAUGGUGGAUCUGUGACUGAUCUUGUGAAGGGAUUUCUGAAGAGAGGCGAAAGGAUGAAUGAACUUAUAAUUGCUUACAUUUUACGUGAAGCUCUGAUGGGACUUCAGCAUCUGCAUGAAAACAAAACUAUCCACCGUGAUAUUAAGGGAAAUAAUAUCCUUUUGACCACUGAAGGAGGAGUCAAGCUUGUGGAUUUUGGUGUGUCUGCUCAGCUGACCAGCACUCGUCUCCGUCGGAACACCUCCGUGGGCACCCCGUUCUGGAUGGCUCCAGAGGUGAUUGCCUGUGAGCAGCAGCUAGAUAGCUCCUAUGAUGCCAGAUGUGAUGCAUGGUCACUGGGUAUUACUGCAAUAGAGUUGGGAGAUGGAGAUCCACCCCUUGCUGAUUUGCACCCCAUGAGGGCACUCUUCAAAAUACCAAGAAAUCCUCCUCCAACACUACAACAGCCUGAACUGUGGUCACCUGAAUUCAAUGACUUCAUUAACAAGUGCUUGACUAAAGAUUAUGAGAAGCGUCCAACAGUAUCUACUCUUUUGCAGCAUGAUUUUAUUAAGCAAAUUGAAGGAAAAGAAAACGUGCUACAAAGGCAACUCAUGGAAUUUAUUGAUGUUCAUCAACAAAUGGGAGUCACUGAAAAGGCAAGAUUUGAACGUAUUCAUACAAAGAAAGGGAACUACAGUAAGUCACUAGUUUCAAACCAAGAAGAAGUAGAUGAUUUAGCAACCUUGGAGGUACUGGAUGAGAAUACAGUAACAGAACAGUUGCAGAAGGGUUAUGCUAAGGAUCAGAUCUACACAUAUGUUGGGGACAUUCUCAUUGCUGUCAAUCCAUUUCGGAACAUAGAUAUUUAUUCUUCACAGCAUUCCAAACUGUACAUUGGAGCCAAACGGACUGCCAACCCUCCUCACAUUUUUGCUGUUGCUGACAUAGGCUAUCAGUCCAUGGUGACGUACAACUCCGAUCAGUGUAUCGUUAUUUCUGGAGAAAGUGGAGCUGGCAAAACGCAAAGUGCCCAUCUGCUGGUUCAGCAGCUCACUGUCCUGGGCAAGGCUAAUAACAGGACUCUACAGGAGAAGAUUCUCCAGGUGAACAACCUUGUAGAAGCAUUUGGGAAUGCAGGCACUAUCAUCAAUGAUAACUCAAGUAGAUUUGGAAAAUAUUUGGAAAUGAAAUUCACUUGUGGUGGCACUGUAGUUGGAGCUCAGAUUUCAGAGUAUCUCCUUGAAAAAUCCAGAGUUGUCCACCAGGCAGUAGGAGAGAAAAAUUUCCAUAUUUUUUAUUAUAUUUAUGCUGGUCUCGCGGAAAAGAAAAAACUGGCACAUUAUAAACUGCCAGAAUAUAGACCUCCCAGAUAUCUGCAAAAUGAUCAUUUCAGAAUAGUGCAAGAUUUCAUGAACAAUAGCUUUUAUAAGUCUCAGUUUGAAUUAAUUGAACAGUGCUUCAAAGUCAUAGGUUUUACACUGGAGGAACUUGGAAGUGUGUACAGUGUCCUGGCUGCCAUUUUAAAUGUGGGUAACAUUGAAUUUUCUGCAGUAGUAUCUGAACAUAUGAUUGACAAGAGCAACAUUUCCAACCCAGUAGCCCUUGAGAAUUGUGCAUCCUUGCUAUGUAUUCAGGCAGAUGAACUGCAAGAGGCCCUCACCUCUCACUGUGUAGUGACUCGAGGAGAGACAAUUAUUCGUCCCAACACUGUGGAAAAAGCCACUGAUGUCAGAGAUGCCAUGGCCAAAGCACUGUAUGGACGCCUCUUUAGCUGGAUAGUCAAUCGCAUCAACACUUUACUCAAACCUGACAAACAUUUAAGUGAAAAUGAUGAUGGUUUGAACAUUGGAAUUCUUGAUAUCUUCGGCUUUGAGAACUUCAAAAAAAACUCUUUUGAACAACUCUGUAUCAACAUCGCCAAUGAACAAAUUCAGUUCUACUUCAAUCAGCAUGUCUUUGCCUGGGAACAGAAUGAAUACCUUUAUGAAGGUGUGGAUGCAAGGGUUAUAGAAUAUGAGGACAACAGGCCCCUUUUAGAUAUGUUCCUGCAGAAACCAAUGGGUUUAUUGUCUCUGCUGGAUGAGGAAAGUCGAUUCCCACAAGCGACAGAUCAGACACUUGUAGAAAAAUUUGAGGAUAAUUUGAAGUCAAAAUAUUUUUGGAGACCCAAAAGAGUAGAUCUAACCUUUGGAAUUUAUCAUUAUGCAGGAAAGGUUCUAUAUAAUGCAAGUGGAUUCCUAGCCAAAAACAGAGACACUCUGCCAGCUGAUAUUGUACUGCUACUGCGAUCAUCUGAAAACAACCUGACACGACAGUUGGUAACCCAUCCUCUUACAAAAACAGAAUCUAUACAGAAUGGAGCCCCAGCCAUCUCAAACUGCAGGGGAGGGAUUGGUCUGGUCAAGUGCCAAGGAAAUGGUAGAGACUUCUUUCAGGGUCCUCUCUUCAGGGUAGGGGAGCAAUACAGGGAGUGGAGUGCAUCUCUUGAGUUGAGGACUGAACAGAAGAGAUCAGGUAACCUGGCACACACUAAAAGCAAAACUACAAUCAGUUACCAAAUGUGGACCUCCCAGAAAACAAUAAGUCAUACAAAGAAUGAAGCAGGAGAUACUGGACAUCAUCCUAGAGAGACAACCAGCAUGAAGACACAGACAGUUGCUUCUUAUUUUAGAUAUUCUCUGAUGGAUUUGUUAUCCAAAAUGGUUGUUGGACAGCCUCAUUUUGUCAGGUGCAUCAAGCCAAACAACGACCGGCAGGCAAACAAGUUUGACAAAGAAAAAGUGUUGGUUCAGCUGCGUUACACGGGAAUUCUGGAGACAGCAAGAAUUCGAAGACAGGGUUAUUCACACCGUAUACUCUUUGCUAACUUCAUAAAAAGGUAUUACCUCAUCUGUUAUAAAACAAAUGACGAUCCUCCAGUCAGCCCGGAAACCUGUGCUGCCAUCCUGGAAAAAGCCCGCCUUGACAACUGGGUUCUUGGAAAAACUAAAGUAUUCCUCAAAUACUAUCACGUGGAGCAGCUAAAUUUAAUGCGGAAGGAGACAGUUGACAUGAUUAUUUUGAUUCAAGCUUAUGUCAGAGGGUGGCUGGGUUCAAGGAGAUACAAAAAGAUAAAGGAACAAAGGGAGCAAAGUGCUAUUAAAAUACAGUCAGCUUACAGGGGGUUUGUUGCUCGUAAAGAAUAUAAAAAUGCAAAACAUAAUAAAAAACUGGAAGAAUAUCUUACCAGAUUUCAAGCAAUUGCCAGAGGAUACUUACUCAGGAAGAAGAGGAAAGAACUAACUGAGACAAGAAACAAAUCAGCAAUAAUAAUUCAGUCUCACUACAGAGGAUAUAAGGAGAGGAAGAUCUUCAAAAGCAGAAGGGAAUCACUUAGAAAGCACCAAAUUGAAAAUGCAGCAUCCAUUAGCAAGAAGGAAAAUGAUGAAGAACUUCAAGAUAAUGAGGAAAGUCCAAUUGGAGUGAAGAGUGCCCUUCCUAAAAAGAAAGAAGAAGCAGCUAUCAUAGCAGAGGAUGAAUUAUCUGCUGUGGAAUUCCUUGAAGCACAACUGCAGCCAGCUCAAAAUGAUGCACUGGAAGAAGCAGCAACUGAGGAGAGUCAAGAUAAAGCUGAUGCAGUCACUGACAGCAGGUGUUCUGAGUACAGUGACACGGGGAACGUACAGGAGCAACAGAAAACAUCAACUGAAGAAGAGGCAGCUUCUGUGAAGCAGAACCCUGCAGAAGGACAUAGUAGUGAGGGUGAAGAACAGGACUCUUUGGAAGAGUUACCCAGCAAAUCUUCUUUCAAAAUCACAGCUGAACCUAGUCCCCAGAGAGAUCAAGAUAAUCAAGACACACUCGGUGCAAAAUGGCAAAAUCAAGAAUCUGCUGUGAUCCACCCCAGGACCGACAGGGAUGUGGAAAGAAACAACCUGAAGCAUGAAGCAGUGAUGCCUACAGGAUGUAAAGGAAUUAUGAGAAAAGAGUCACUAAGAAGAGGCUCAGGAAGGCAAGCUGAGGCAGAAAAACAAGGUUCAGAAGACAAAGAGAAGGCAGCAGUGGUUAUUCAGAGCAGUUACAGGGGUUACAGAAGGAGGGGACAACUCAGAAAAGAAGGGAAACUACCCUGCAAAAGUCAAGAGAAAACUAUAAAGUAUCCAACAGAAGCAGUAUGCAUUCAAAAUAACAACCCCCAAAAAACAAAAGGUAGGGAAAGCGCCAGUACACAUGCUGAAGACUCUAAGACACUCAAGGGAGACUCAGAGAAAGAGGCUUGUGAUUUGGCAGCCUUUUCACGACAGAUAUCAAAAUUAUCCGAAGACUACUUAGCACUGCAGCAAAAACUGAAUGAAAUGAUAUUGUCCCAUCAGCUGAGACCUGUGAUGCUGUCCAAAGAUAAGCAAGCUAAUGGCCGUCUGUCUGCUCAUGUUUGUCAGCCAGUUAUGGCCAAAGUAGAAGACUCUCGCCCAAUGCAGAGACCCCCAAGAAGGCCACGGAAACCCAAAACAUUAAAUAAUCCAGAAGACUCCACCUACUACACUCUAAUACAUAAAUCAAUACAAGAUGAAAAACGGAAACCAAGAAAAGAAAGUCUGAGCAAAGUGCUAGAUUUAGAUAUCUACUACCAAGAAAUUUCAUCUACUGACUCCACCUCAAAGGACAGCAGUUCUACCACAAGAAGGAAGAGACACCCAAGUCGAGGAUUGCAGAAAGACCCCUGGAAGAGAGUAAAGCUGAAGAUAAUCCCUAUGACUACAGACGACUGCUGCGGAAGACCUCACAGCGCCGGCGCCUUAUCCAGCAGUUCUAGCUGCUGCUGCUGUUCCUGCUGCCAUUUGGCUUUUAUUAGCAUAUUUUUUUGUAUCAUUUUAUACCAUGUGCUUCCUUUUUUUUUUUUUUAAAUCUUCAAUGUUUCAAGUUUACAGUGUGUGUGUACAUGUGAAUUUGAAUUACUGUGGUUUACAGCCCAACACCGUUGCAAAGGGACACUGUCAGUCACAUAUCAUACUCUUAAAAAAACCCUAAUAUAACAAUCAGCUUUCUUUUGGGUACUAUUGCUACAUCCUAAAAUUAUUAGACAUUAUUAAGCAGCUUAAAUGUAGUUUACUUUUGUCAGUGCAUUUUUCUUUUUUUCAUUUAAUCAGUCUCAUUCAAUUAAAAUAAUCAUUUACUUUAUAGUUCCCUAGAUAAGCUUUCAAAUUCUCAUAAGCACCUUCACAAAACCUUAGUUAUUGUUUCUAAUAAAUUGUUUUACAUGAAAAGAAAAAAUUGCAAGAGCACCAUAGGGGAAUUUCUGAUCAUUUUAGUUACAAUGCCUAAAUUUUGGGAUUACUUAUUUGUGGUAAGUGUCCCUCUAAAAAAA